AUGCCUCUCAGCCCACGUCUCAUUUCCUAUCGCUUUACCGUGUAUCAAUGCUAUACCACCUCACCCAACAGUGCCAACAACAUGCUGAAUGGUCACACAAGCCAGCAACGUGGUCGUCGACUCGUCAUUCCUGACGAGCUCGGAAGAUACCAACGCAACAGCAAGAACUUUACAGUACAGCGGCGAGGAGUGUACUGUACGACCUCGGUCCUCGCUUGCACACGCCCAAAAGAUGAGUCUGUUACAUUUUGUUUCGCGCAGUCAAUAACUGAUACAUAUUUGGAUGCGGGGGUCCUGCGUCUUCACCCAUCCACAAUGAAUGAUCAUGCCAGAUAUUGCUGGUCUCAACAUCAGCAAGUGUUGGGGUUGAGGCCAGCCGAGAGGGGUCUCACUGCUCUGGACGUUGCGCGUGCCGACGACACCAUUAGUAUUAUGUUUACCCGUAGUGUAUUGCAUACAGUGUGA